UAUUUGUUCGCAUAAGCCCAGCGCACCAACGGAGAGAUGGCAACUCGAACUAAAUCAUGGGAACGGUGGGGUGAUGAGGAGGUGUCGGCGCUUCUGUCGAUUUGUGCGGAAGACGAGACCCAGCGGCUUCUACUGAAGCCAGGCCACAACUCCAAAGUUUACGAGCGUUAUUCGGUAAAGUUACGCGACCUGGGAAUCUUCCACGACGCAAGCGCAUGCCGGGUCAAAAUGAAGAAAAUGAAGCAGGACUACAAAAAAACAAAGGACCAUAACAACAAGAGGGGUAACUACCAAAAGAGUACCAAAUGGUACGAUCGCAUGGAUGCUCUGCUCGGCCACAGACCUUCAUUCUCCGGCACAGCAUCGACUACCGAUUCGGGCACGCUGAUGUGGGAGGCCGCUGAAACGAAGGAUUCAGUGGCCUGUGAAUUGUACGACGACGACGAAGCGAGAGGGAGGGGAAGCGACGCUGCAGAAGAGCGGAGUACGAUUGAGAGACCAGUUGGCUUCUCAUUUGGUUUGGCCCAAGCUGUUAAAGAUCCAACUCCUGCAGCUUUUGCAAUUGCAGAGGACGUCAUAAGUCCUUUCACCCUUUGUUCAAACGUCAGUUCAACGGAGAAAGAAAAGAACAUACCUACAUAUACGUUUCCUGCAACUCAACCUAAGUUGGAAUUUCAAUGGAGAGAAGUGGAGUGGACAGAAGAGCAAAAGGCGAGUCUGAUGAAGACCAUCAGCUCCUACAGGCCGAGCUGUCACGAGGGGACUCAGGCUCGAGUUCUCCUCCUGGGUCCGGUCGGUUCUGGAAAGUCCAGCUUCAUCAGUUCAGUCCAGUCUGUGUUUAAUGGAAGAGUCACCAACCGGGCCAUGGUGGGCACCUCUUCCACCAGCUUCACCAAGAAGCUGCAGUCCUUCAACAUCCAUGGUCAGAAAGGAGAGGAUCCUACUGGACUGGUGCUGUGUGAUAUUGUGGGCUUGGGGGGUGGAGAGAUGACUGGACUGACCCUCCAUGACGUCCUGUCUGUCAUUAAAGGUCAUGCACCAGAGGGGCAAAAAUUUAGCCCAGAUCAACCAGUGGGGUCUGAGACUGUAGGCUAUGUAAAGAAGCCAGGUCUCAAAGACAAGAUCCAUUGUGUUGCCUUUGUGGUAGAUGCCUCUAAAAUCCUGACCUACCCCAAAGGCCUCGGCACCACCUUCAGGCUGCUCCGAAAGCACAUCAGUGACCUGGACAUUCACCAGGUGGCCCUGCUGACCCAGAUAGACCAAAUUUGUCCAGAAACGGCCAAAGAUGUCACCCAGGUUUACAAGAGCGGCAUCAUUCAGGAAAUGAUGAAUAAAGCUGGGGAUCUGUUGGGUAUGUCCACCUCCUACGUUGUCCCGGUGAAGAACUACUCAUCAGAGCUGGACCUGAACGUGAACAACGAUGUGCUUCUGCUUAGAGCUGUGGACCACAUCCUGCAGUAUGCUGACCUGUAUUUCCAGGACAAUGCACCACAACACACAGGGCCAAAGAUCGAUUUGGGGGUUUAGCGUAGAGCAUUU